AUGGGGUCCGACGUCGAGGCAGGAGGACGAGACGCUCGUCCGCAUGCUGUGGUGGUGGGAGCAGGGUUCGGCGGCAUGUCGGCAGCGGCUCGUCUAGCAUGCUGCGGAUACAACGUGACGUGCGUCGAGAAGCAUGCGACACCUGGCGGAAGAUGCACGGAGAUCGUGAGAGAGGGUCACAGGUUCGAUGUCGGUCCCAGCAUCAUCUUGGUGCCGUCAGCCUACUUCGAAGCCUUCGCGUCCAUCGGAGAUGACUUGAACAAUCACGUGGAGCUGAUGCGAGUUGAUCCCACGUACACGAUUCGCUUCUACGAUGGGACGAAGCUCGAGCUCACCGGGGACCUUCAGCGGAUGGAGACUCAGUUGGAGUCUAUGGAGACGGGAAGCUUCAAGAGGUGGGGAGAGGAGACAUGUGCUGACAUCAGCUAUGGCCAUGACAACCUGCACAUGACUUUGGAAAACAUCGCUCACAGAAACUUUUAUUCUUUGUUCGAGUUCUUCUCGCCGCUGAAUGCUUUCCUUCUGCAUAAGCUGAAAGUUCUGCGCAAGCACUACAACUACAUCUCUCAAGUCUUCAAAGACUCGAGACUCCGAUCGGCCUUCUCGUUCCAGGACAUGUACAUCGGCGUGAGCCCCUACGACGCCCCAGCCACCUUCUCUCUGCUGCAGUACACGGAAUUCUGUGAUGGGGUGUGGUACUGCCGAGGCGGGCUCUACAAGAUCUCACAGGCGCUGGCGAAGGUCUUGCAGUCAAGAGUCACUUGCGUGUGGAAACUGAACAUGUCAUGA